CAGUGAGACUCGGUCUGACUCUCUUCUGAAACUGGACUUUAGAGAAAUGAUGCUCAUCUUUGGACUGAUGCUGCUGCUGCAGAGUGCUGCAUGUCUGGAUCGGUUCUGCUGGUUUGGUCAGUCUGAUCCCUGUUACACAGCUCUGGAAGACAAACUUAGUCUGCAGAUGUUGAACGCUAGUAAAUAUAACCUGAAGAUCAUAAAGAGAAUAAACAACACAGCAGAUGAUCCAGUUUGUAGAAUAAAGAAUGACACAAUGAGGAUAAAGGAAUGUGAUCUUUAUAAUAACAGAUCUGAAGUGACUGUCAUUAAUGGGACUCUGAUAAUAAACCGUGUGAUCAGAGCAGAUUCAGGGAAUUACAGAUUAACACUCGAUCACUCAGACGGCACAGAAACAUCUAGAGAUCUUCAAGUGAUUGUUGAAGAUCAUCCAGUGGCUCUGAUCGUUUUGGGAAGUCUUGCUGUAAUUCUUAUUGUUCUGGUCAUCAUCGCAUAUUACGUUUACAAGAAGAAGAAUCAGCUCAAACCCACAAAUGUGGAAAAUGCCUCGACAGGCCCUCAGACAAACAGGAAUGAGAAGAAGGAGCAGGAGCUUCAUUACGGAGAAGUGAUGUUCACCGACAGAAAGGUUCAACAGCAGCCGUGUAAAACACAGGAGGAGUGUUUGUACGCUCAGGUGCAGACGCGCUAGUGUGAAAACAC